UUCCUCCUCCUCCUCCUCCUCCUCCUCGGCGCCGGCCACCAGCGGAAGGGACCCCAAACACCGGGUGCUGUCUCCUUGAGAAACACAAGUGACUAUCUCUGGAUUAUGCCCUCCAAAAUCCUCCAAGAAGCCUAUUUAGAAAUAUAUGCAGUUCCUUUGAUUACAGCAUCGUGAAACCUAUUCGUCUGCUCUUAAGUGUGCUUGAUUCAAACAGUUCAAAUGGAGCCCUCCUUAUCCAAAGGAAAAUGCAUCAGGGACUUUAAGAUGAUUGUCUUGUCUUUAGUUUUAAUGUGUCUUGUAGCCUUAGUUUGCUCUGAUCAAAACUACUAUAGUUUACUUGGAAUAUCCAAAGAAGCAACAAGUAGAGAAAUAAGGCAGGCUUUCAAAAAAUUGGCAUUAAAGUUGCAUCCUGAUAAGAAUCAGAACAAUCCAGAAGCACAUGAAAACUUCUUGAAAAUAAACAGAGCAUAUGAAGUACUAAAAGAUGAAGAUUUGCGAAAGAAAUAUGAUAAAUAUGGGGAGAAAGGUCUGGAGGAUCACCAGGAAGGAGGUCGAUAUGAAAGCUGGCACUACUAUCGCUAUGAUUUUGGUAUUUAUGAUGACGAUCCUGAAAUCAUAACACUAGACAGAGGAGAAUUUGAUGCUGCUGUUACUUCCGGAGAAUUGUGGUUCAUCAACUUUUAUUCCCCUCGAUGCUCACAUUGCCACGACUUAGCACCAACGUGGAGAGAAUUUGCGAAGGAAAUGGAUGGAUUAAUACGUAUUGGAGCUGUAAACUGUGGCGAUAAUAGAAUGCUUUGCCGAAUUAAGGGAAUUAAUAGCUACCCAAGCCUGUAUGUCUUUAAAACUGGGAUGAACCCAGCGAAAUAUUAUGGAGACAGGUCAAAGCAGAGCUUAAUGAGUUUUGCCAUGCAGUUUGUCACAAGCACAGUGACAGAAUUAUGGGCAGGAAAUUUCGUUAAUUCGAUUGAAACUGGAUUUGCUUCUGGUGUCGGCUGGUUAAUUACCUUUUGCACUGAACACGGAGAUUGUUUGACUUCUCAAACACGUCUUAAAUUGGCCGGCAUGUUGGAAGGCCUUGUUAAUGUAGGCUGGAUGGACUGUGCUACCCAGGGUGAGCUUUGUGAUAAUUUGGAUAUCUCAUCUAGCAGUACAGCGUACUUUCCACCUGGAGCCACCUUAACUAAUAAAGAGAAAGGAGGUGUUUUGUUCCUGAACUCUUUAGAUGCCAGAGAGAUAUAUUUGGAAAUCAUGCAGCACCUUCCAGACUUCAAAAUGAUCUCAGCAUCUACAUUAAAGGAUCACCUGGCUCAUCAUCGGUGGUUGAUAUUCUUUCAGUUUGGCCAGAAUAGCAAGUCAGAGGCCCAUGACCUUAAAAAGCUACGUUUUCUCCUUAAAGCGGAAAAUAUUCAGGUUGGGAAGUUUGACUGCCUUACUGCACCAAGGACCUGUAACGAUCUGUAUGUUUAUGAACCAUGUGUAGCAGUCUUUAAAGGGACGGGAAUGGAAGACUAUGAAAUCCAUCAUGGGAAGAAGAUUCUGUAUGACAUAGUGGCUUUUGCCAAGGAGAGUGUGAAUUCCCAUGUCAUCACACUUGGACCUCAGAAUUUUCCUGGCAAGGAGAAGGAGCCGUGGCUUGUUGACUUCUUUGCACCUUGGUGUCCUCCCUGCCGGGCUUUAUUGCCAGAACUGAGGAAAGCAUCAAAGCAACUGUAUGGCCAACUGAAAGUUGGCACAUUAGACUGCACAGUUCAUGAAGGGAUCUGCAACAUGCACAACAUUAGAGCUUACCCAACAACUGUGGUAUUCAAUCAGUCUAACACUCAUGAAUAUGAAGGACAUCAUUCCGCUGAGCAGAUUUUGGAGUUUAUCGAGGAUCUUAUGAACCCAUCAGUAGUUUCUCUGACACCUGAGACCUUCAAUGAGCUAGUGAAGAGAAGGAAGGAUAAUGAAAUCUGGGUGGUUGAUUUCUAUGCUCCGUGGUGCGGUCCCUGCCAAGCUUUAAUGCCGGAAUGGAAGAGGAUGUCCAGGCUGGUGAAUAAUCUGAUUGCGGUUGGCAGUGUGGACUGUCAAAAAUAUUUCUCUCUUUGUCACCAAGAAAACAUUCAAGGCUAUCCUGAAAUAAGACUCUUCCCGCAAAAAUCAGUUUCAGCCUAUCAAUAUUAUAGCUACAAUGCCUGGCACAGAGAUGCUUAUUCACUGAGAAGAUGGGCGCUAGGGUAUUUACCUCAGGUGUCUGUGGAUCUAACACCUCAGAGCUUCACUGACAAAGUUCUGAAUGGGAAAGAGCACUGGGUCAUCGACUUCUAUGCGCCUUGGUGUGGCCCUUGUCAAAAUUUUGCUCCGGAAUUUGAGAUCCUUGCUAAGACUGUCAAAGGAAAGGUGAAAGCCGGGAAAGUUGACUGCCAAGCCUAUGCUCAAACUUGUCAAUCUGCUGGCAUCCGAGCCUAUCCAACAGUUAAAUUUUACUCUUAUCAAGGGACAAAGAAAAAUGCAUUUGGGGAACAGAUAGACAGCCACGAUGCAAAAGCCAUAGCUGAACUACUGAUGGAGAAAGUAGAAGACAUAAAAAAUAACAGAAAAAUAUCUUCCAGAAACAAGGAUGAGCUCUGAGUCGUGGAAUGAAUUCAAAGCAUACUGAAGUAGCAGCACUGAAAAUAGUAGAUCAUCUUCCUCAAGAAGCAAAAGAAAUGCAUUGGGAUUCAUGGACACGCAGAUUAUCCCCACGAAUGCUACAGAACUUGCUCUGAAUCGUCCAGUGUCCAUUUGAAAUAGACUCCGGCGGCCAUUGAUAUGCCAACUGCACACCAAGGAGGCUUUUAUUUUUCUGAUGAUGGACUUAAGACUUGGUCAGUAGCAGGAGAACUGUAAGGGUUUGUUCCUUUCCUUCAGCCCACACAAUCUCUUUCUCUCCUGCUGAAAAGCAGCACGUGGACAGACUACUCCACAGUACAAAAAGGCUAAAACAGCGCUCUCUCAAUCUUUCCUUCCUAUGAGAAGAAGAAUGGUCUGAACAACUGUUUUACCUCUGUAUUGUAGUUGGUGAACUUUGCCCAGGAUUCACUGGGCGGACUAAAGUAGGCGUUUGGAGACCUUCAGCCCACCUGUGUUAUAGAAUGUUAACUUCCGUACUGACCUCUACGCUUUUUCGAAGAGUUAUUUCAGUGCGUGGCGGCCAAGGAGAAAAUCCUUGCCUGUGUUGGCUCUCUGCAUCUUCAGCCGACGGUGAGCCACUCGUGUGCAUCAGCUGCUCUACGCAGGUUUUGGAACACUGCUACAAAAUGCUCAAAGAACACUUUGGUCUUUUAUUUAGUGGCAUAUGUGCAGCUGGAUCCAGUAGGUGGCAGCACAUGUAUGGUCACGACGGGCUGAAGCAGUUGAGAGCCAGCAAUAGAGGGGCCACCUGUUUGUUUCAAUAGGGCUUGCUUCGAGGUAAGCAGGAUUCUAAACACACCCUAAGCUUUCCCACAUCAAAGCAGAUCUACAUCGGACAACAAACCCCAUAGCUGAGUUGCAUCUCUGUGAUUUGCCAUAGACUUCAAAGUGCAGAACAUCGUGUGCUUCUGUCGUAGCAAAUUUGUUCUGGUUUUCAAGUGAGAUGCUCAAGUCCCUGUCAGAGGCACACAUUUUAUUUGUUUUGACAGCACCCUGCUCCCACAUCUUAAAAAGCGGAAUAGUUCAAAUGUAAAUGCUGCCUUUUUACAUGUUUGCAGCAUUUCAAGUGCCUUCUGAAUGUUUACUGCUCAGUAGCAGUCACUUUUGCAGGAGUUUGUGCUACUGGAAGUUGUUUAAGGUUUUUGCAUCAGACUGUUUAUCUGAGGCGGGGUUGGUGGGGCAGUGUCCUUCCUGUGCACAAAUGCAAUACAAUGUUUUUCUGAUGUAGAAUUGACACUCGCCAAAGUUUUACAUCAUUUCUAAGCAUCAAACACAAAGAUAGUUCGGCAAUACCUUUAUUGCUAUUAGUUUAAAACAUUGGUAUCCUACGUCUUGUCCAAAGAGUUCUAGGCAGCUUACAAUGAAUAAAUAUUUAAGGAUUACAAAGUAAAAUGCCACCAAAGAUUGUGCAAGGAUUCAAGUUCUCCAGAACUCUUCACCAGUUUAAUGAAAUUUUGCCCAGGUGCCUGUAGCCACAUAGGUAGGGAGUAGGAGAUCACAGUUGCGAUUUCGUUUCGUUACACUGAAGAAGAGUUCUGGAGAACUCGAAUACUUGCACAAUUUUUGGUGGUAUUUUAGUUGGUCCUAAUAAAGGUAUUGCCCAGUUGUGGAUUUUCAAGGUUGUUUCCAUACAUAGUAGUAGUAUCUGUACUGUAUAUAUCCACACAUUAAUUUGAAAAUCUUACACUGGAAAUUUGGAAUAAUAAUCUUCCUCUCCCUAAAAAUGGAGUGUUGGUUACAUAGAAUACAGACACAAGAUUAGUGGCAGCACUACCUUAGAAUAGUGGUAUUAUACCACUUUUUAAAAAGUUAAAUUCAAUCCAUUGCAUCUAUUAGUAUUUCCAGGCUUCCUGUGUGCAUAAAAAAUACUCUGCACAUGCAAAAUUCAAGGUUGUGGUGUCUGUAUAUUGUUGUUGUUUUUAAAGAGACACAUUUCCACAAUCUGCAAUUAUUUUGUGAAGCAAACACACAUAAGUAUAUGCAGUAGUAUCUCAUUUAUGAAUAUGCUCUUCUCAUAAAAUCACCAACCAUUUUUCCUCCAAGAAUGAGAUCAUAGAUACUUCUGCUUACAUUGCGCUCUUGAUGAUGUCAUAAGAAUUAUGGUUAGUGAUAUAGGGAAGAGAGAACCUUCUGCUUCUCUACAUUAGCAAAACAAGAGGACAGAUACUAUUCAACUACAGUAUUCUUUUUGCGGGUAUAAUAGACGUUUAUGACGCAUUAAUUUCAAGUGCAGCCCACUUAUCUCUUGAACGUAAUAAUAAAUUGUUCCAUCCAAUGUGUAUCCUUCCAGCUUUCAUGUUGCCAUUUAAGGGUUCAAGCCCCUUUAAGUUCAGAUUUCAUAGGAGGCAGUUCGAAUAUCCUGGGGGAAAACAGUGCUCUAUGGUGUCUAAAUCAAUCAUUCAGUAUUUUAAUAACAUAUUUGUGAGGUCUUGUCAAGUGUAGGAAGGGUUCUAUUUUAAGCUCAUUGUAUAAGGCAGCCUUCCUGAACCUGGUCCUCUCCAGAUAUGUUGGGUUACAUCCUCAGCCAGCAUGGCUAAUGGUUAAGGCUGAUGGGAAUGAUAGUACAACACAACUGGAGGGCACCAAGAUGGGUAUUCCAUGGAAUACAUUCUUACAUUUACACUCCAAAAACUGACCUGUGGGUCAUGCUGCAUUGCUAUAUACUUGAGAAAGUUUGGUACCCUAGCGGAGAAGAUAGAAAGCCGCAUCUAACGUGGAGCCAUUCAUGAGCCUGUUGAAUCCAGUGGGCUUACAUCUGCCUAAGCUUGUGCUGUACAGUGGCUUGGUUCAGACAACACGCUAAACCACGCUGCUUAACCACAAAAUGGCUAAGGGCUUCCCUUAACCAUUUUGUGGUUAAGCAGCGUGGUUUAGCGUGUUGUCUGAACCAGGCCAGUGAGUGGCCCAUAGGAUCGGAACUAGAAACCGCUGAGUGUAAAGUUCUCUUAUGUUUUUUUAUGUACAUGCACUCUUACUGGCAGUGGUUAUCUUGUAUUCCUUGUCAUCUGCUAAAGCAGUUACUGAGGCAGCAAAAUAAAGUUUUUCAAUACAAAGCCUGCAGUACUUCCAGUUUUGCUAAUGUUAAAAGUUUUUAAAGAUUUAUAGUAAACGUUCUCAACCAGCAGAUUUGCUGGCUGCAAUCCAAAGAGGGGACUAUGUGCAGAGGAGAGAAUCAAACUUGCAGCCAAAGCUUUUCUUUCCAUUCCCAUUGCUGAAGGCUCACAUGGCUUUUAAAUUGGUCGGUUGUCUGUUCAGCAAUGGUGAAUUAUUGCAGCAAGACAUUAAUUGCGCAACUCAUUCCGUGCCUUUCCUAUAUGCAAGUGUGGGGUUGUUUGUAAUAAUCGAGCACGUUAUACUGUUACGUUUGCCCCACUUCUUCAAGCGAUGAGGCAUUCCAGGGGUUUGGUUCCUUCUUGGAAGGAGAUCACUGGACAUUAAGGGCGUUUUUGUAAUAUUUGAGAUGAUGUACAAAUAAACAGGUUGAGCCAGAGGUGGAAGCAUAUAAAAUAAACCUUGGAGAGAUCUGUUCAAGAUCUCUUCAGUGAGAGAUCUCAAACCAGACUGAAGGCAAAAUUAUGUAUUAAGUUUGCUAUUGAACCUAUUCCCCUCCCAUGUCUCUCUGGCAACAUGCAGCUGAAAAAAUAUACAUGCUGUGAUGUCACUGCAUUCGUGCUUUUCUGCUCUACUUCAUUGCCUGCUGCUUACAGGGGAAACAAAAGUAACUGCACAUUACCAAGGAGAUUCAGGCUAGUGGUUCGCGUGUAUCUUCCUCUAAUUUAUCUAAAGCCUGACUGAGUUACAGGUACUCUUCACGUACAACUCCAGUAGAAUGAGGUCAUGCUACUGGUAAUUGGCUGCUGUAUCUUAAUUGUGAAAUACCGUAGGCUAAUCUGAGAAUUUCAAACAGGCUUAAAUCUGAAAUGCCUAAAUAGGACUUUUAUUGGUGAGACCAUACAUUUAUUAUCUGUUCUAUGUCUGCCCUCUGUUAACAGUGUUUGCACAUGGCACAAAGAGUGCAAGAGAGUCUCAAGAACAGAUGCAUCAUUGUGCCUGCUGUGGAAAUGCAUUAUCUGCACUUCUGAUAUAUGUUCUCCUUGCCUGUCUUCUGCUCAGGACUGGUCUGUUCCCUCUUUCAGCAGAAGCUGGAUUUGCACAGUGUUAACAUGACCUUUUGUCAGCAACGAAGCAACUGCCCAUUUGUCAGGCAAUAGGGCUGUGCACGCCACUGAUUGGCUAACCCUUGUGUCAUUCACAAAGCCACAUCUCUGCCUCAGCAGCUUUCAACAUGAGACUGGGGGGCGGGGGACACUUUAAAGAAGUAAACAAUAAAAUUAAGCUCCAUGCAAGCAUUUGAUCAGCUAACCAUGCAGGUACUUGAAAAGCAAGGCCAAGAAUGGUUGACUAACUCAGGCAGGAGACUUCAAAUCUAGAGUCAGGUUCUGUGUCUGUGCAGGAGCUAAGAUGGGAAAAACAGUUCGCCCUAAUGCAAAAAACUUUGCGCCUGCACUUAUUUCUAUGUCUUUCUAUAUGCCGCCAAGGGAACCUUUUAAAUGUCUGGUCUGAGAAUUUAGUUUGUUAGGGAUAUUUGUGGGGUUUUUUUUUUUAAGUCAAUAAAUCAAGAAGAAAGCACUAGCAAUGGUCUGAACAAUGGUUUUGGCAGUGGAAAUAGUAAAAUAUGUUUGGACCUUUAAGCGGGGUGAGGAUCCAAAGCUGUAACCAGCAAGAAGAGUUCUUGUCUCACUCCAUGAUUGUUUUAGUUGUAAGCCAA